UGGUUCUCUAACAUCUAAACUGGCAAGUACAACUUUAGUAUUUUUUGUGAUGUGAACAGACGACUGAAGUCGUACUCAUAAAGUGAUAAAAGUUAUAAUAAAUAGUUAAAGAGUGAGUUAUUAUUGUCAGUCAAAUCCAUCCAUUGAAUCGAGAUCCAAAGGAGGGCGUAAUGUGGCGAGAUUUCGCCUCAAUGUCGAAACCCGCCUCAACGGUUGAACUGGUCGACACUAAGCCAAAUCUGGAGGUCGUUAUGAGGCACACAAGUGGGGAUUCCUCCAAGCCAUCUGCGACGCUGAGUGUGCCAACCGCAUCAAUCAAAAUAGAGGUCAGUGCUGGCAAGAAGCGACCCAUUCCGAAAACCAACAAAGUUGUCUAUCCCGUAUCAUCGUCAUCCCAAAGUAAGAAGAGGACAACGCGACCUGCCCGAGUCCCAUAUCGACUCCCGACUACGUCCUGGGAGGAGGAUGACCGCUCCGCCAAACCGGCUACGUCUGGAUGUGGUGGUGACGACAAAGGUGGGGCGUUAAGUUCCACUUUGUCGUCGCAAAGUCUGCACGAUCACAGCGCAGUAAUGGGGCUUAAAUUGGGAAAAAAGGAGACAGGACUUCUCGAAGCAUUUAGACAUCUUGGGGAUGGGGAGGACGGCGGCAGAUCCUAUAAUGCACGAUCGCUUGACAUCUUAGAGAUGGAAAAAUAUAUCCGUUGGAUCCGAGAAGAAGCCCCAUCCCUGUUUUGGGACGGAUUAAAGGAUGGAUUAAUCAUUAUCGAGAAUAUUGAUGAGGACACUAGAAAACCGGCCCAUUGGAUUCAAGCCGUUCACGAUGCUGUGACUAAUACUGCGAUCAAGUUUAUGUCACAAGUCUCAAAAGGGUCGGAUGAAGCAAGAACGAAAACGGCAUCAUCUCCACAUGCGAAGAAUGUGCAUACUAUAACUUUUCUCAAAAAGCUGAUGACGGGGAUUUUGCUAGGGUCAAAAAACCAGAAGGAUAUUCCACAAGAUAAGUUUGAUGAAUUAUUGGAGAAAUUCUACUAUCACGGCUUCCGUUCAGUCGUUGGGCAACAACAAUCAGAUACAAAUCCCACAAGCUUUGAAAAAGUUACUAGACAUUCGGUCGGUGUAGGAAGUCAGAAGGGGUUGACACCAUGUGAAUGGUGUGGCGAAAUUCCGUGUCAUUGUAAAAUGUUGUCAGCAGGAUUUCAGAAUGCUAAUAUGACCCUUCAUUCACUUGGAUUAAUGGACGAGCUUGCCGGACCACGAUUAUUUGCCGUAAUUAAGAACGAAAUGAAGGCUAAGAUUAAAGAAAUCGGGACAGACAAGGUGGAUUCUUCGAAUUUUGAUGUUUUAAAAACGUGGAUGAAUGAAUCGUCCCAUGCCUGGUAUACUGCGUUGUAUAUGAGAGACACUGGGGGCCGCUUGCUAAAUUGUCCACCUCCAGAAUUUGGGAUGGAAUUGUCCUCCAUGUUGCUGCAACAGUAUGGAAUUGCCAUCAUUAAAGAUUUAUUUGCUGUUAUUAUUGAAUUCCCGGAGUCAAAACCACUACUGGACGAUUUGAAGACGUGUAUGAACACAGUGAAUUUAAGAAACUCGCUCGUCGUCAAUUUAAAGUCCUCUCUAGAACGAAGGUUGCUUAAUGCAGGAGUAAAUACGAGUGAAGUACUCGAAGCGUAUAUUGCUACUGUGAGAGCUCUAAAAUACGUAGACCCCACAGGAAUUCUAGUGCAGCUAGUGACCCCACCAGUUAGAGAGUAUCUGAAACACCGGGAAGAGACUGUUCGUGUAAUUCUCAUCAGCCUUACCGAAGAGUCUGGAGAGUUGUCGGAAGAACUUGCAAGAAACCCUACUAAUCCUGAUAAGACUUGUAAACUUAAUCUUAAAAAUUACAAACUUUGGAAGCCAGACCCAAUUGAUGUUCCAAAAGAUAAACACAAUCUCCGUAAAUCAGACCUUAUUGAGGCGAUGGUGUCAAUUUAUGGUUCAAAAACGGUAUUUAUUGAUGAAUACCGAGCCCUUCUAGCAGAUCGAUUACUACGAAUGCCUAAGCCGGGAUCGAUAACCCGUGAAAUUAAAUGUUUAGAACUUUUAAAAUUGAGGUUCGGAGAAGCAGAUUUACAAAAGUGUGAAGUUAUGUUGAAAGACGUUAGUGAUUCGCAAAGACUUAACACUCGCUUCUAUGAGGAUGAAGGAGCAGUUUUAGCAAAUGAGGCGGUACAAGUUUCCAGUCUGGUCGUCUCUGCACAAUUCUGGCCCAGUUUCAAACAAGAAGGCCUUGUCUUGCCGGAUCCAGUCCAGUCGGCGCUAGAAAAGUAUACCAAAGCUUUUGAAAUGAUAAAGGGUAAUCGGACGUUGGAAUGGCAAAAACAUAUUGGUACCGUCAGGAUAGAGAUUGAACACGGAGGAAGCAAAUUGUCGUUUUCAGUAUCCCCAAUUCAAGCCACCAUAAUUUGGCAUUUUCAAGAAAAGGAAAAGUGGUCUCUAGAAGAAUUGGCUCAAGUUACCGGAACAACUACAACAUAUCUUACAAAUAGGAUGGGAUUUUGGGUUUCAAAGGGUAUGAUAGUCAAUCUUGGUAGUGGAAACUUUAUGCUUGCCGACUCCAUCAACGAGACCUCCAAAGCCACCGGCGUCAUUCCAAACAAGUAUGUUGAAGAGGCUGACACCGACUCGCCCAUGGCCUCCACCAGUUCACAACGUGCCACAGAACUGCAAGUCUUCUGGUCAUAUAUCGAAGCCAUGUUGACCAAUUUAGAGUCUCUCCCACUCGCCAGAAUCCACUCAAUGCUCAAACUCUUCGCCACAGUGGAAUGUUCUUCAGAGGAUCUACAAAAAUUCUUGGACGACAAAGUGUCGCAUAAUCUUCUCGUCUAUUCUACAGGACAGUAUCAGCUCCCCAAAUGAUCCCCGCAAGAAGUAAUUGCAAUAAACUGUUAAUUAAUCUUUAAAUUAUUUCGUCCGUCAUUAGCGGAUACUAUUUGUAUUUUUGACAUUAUUUUUUUUGAAGUUGUGCAAAUAACUAUAUAAAUCAAUCUUUGACACA